GAUCAAUGAUCAUUGCUCACCCUUUCCUUCCUCCGCCAUUUAGUCUCCCCUCUUCAACUCAUUUCUUCUGUUAGUGGCUCAAUACAUAGUACUUCCAAACAUUGUGGUGAAGUUGUAAGCUUUCUAUUUUUCUAUUGAUUUUUUUUAGGAAUUUGACUCUUGUAUUUUCAGCACAUUACCUUAAUCAUAGGAAAGUCGGUGCUUUUUUUAUUAAAUAUUUGAAUUCCUAGGUAAAACCCACCAAUUAUUCGAAAUUUUAAUGUUUGGGUUCAUACUUAUAUUAAUCACAAGGAAAGUUCUGAUCACGUUUAACAUGUUUGACUGUAUAGGGUCCCAAAAAGUUGAAGGCCUUAACGUUUAAUGAUGUAGUAUAUACUAAGUGUUUUAAGAUACAAAAUUGAUAAAAAUAUCAUAAUUUUUUAAAAUGCACAGAGUCUUUAUAUAAUUUUUCAAUUUUCUCUCUGCUUUUGAUUAAUAUUUUUGUUUAGUAUUGGGUUUUGCUUAAUUGUUAAUUAGUUAUUAAACCUCGUCCUAAACAAACCCUUUUAUUAAUUACUUAUAUUUGUUGUGUUAAACAUUUUACUGUGCGAGUUACACUAUAUUAACAGUUUUAUGCUUGAUUUUAGUGGAAUAAACAGGCUAAGAAUUUGGGAUUUGCAGGGAUUUUUUGUGGGUUUUAAUAUAGAAAUUUGUGAGACAAAUAUUAGACAAAAGAGAUUGAAAAAGAUUGGAUUUUUAUGUUAAAUUAUGUCCAUGCAGGAUAUGGUGAAUUGUGUUGGGGCAGAAGAUCUGUUUUUUGAUUCUUUGGAUCAUCAUUUAUCACCUGAACAUGAUACUUCUGGUAAUGGGGUUUUUGGGUAUGAUUUUUGGAUGAAUGAACCUAAGAGUAUUAAAGAAAGGCGCUCCUCUUUCUUACGUGAAAUGGGAUUUAUUGAUUCUUGUUCUUCAUUUGAGCGUAAUAAUGAUCUUGGUGAUGUUUAUGAUGAUGAUGAUGAUGGGAUGGAAAGGAUGAUGGAAAGAAGUAGUGAUAUUUCAAGCUCAUGUUCAUCAUCUUCUACUGAUAAUGAAGUGUUUUAUGAAAGGGAAUGCAAUGUGGAUGUUAAUGUGUAUGAUGAAGACCAUCAAAUUAGGCAAAGUAUGGGUAAAAAUGAGGAUGAUAAUCCAUCAACUUCUAGUAAUAAUAAUAAUAAUAAUGGUGAUAAAUCCAUAAACAAGAAAAUUAGGCAUUGGUGGAAGGAAAUGAUGAAGAAGCAAAAAAGAGGGUAUAAAAGCAAGGAAGAUGAAGAAAAAACCAAGAAAUUUGAGAUAAAUAGAAUGAAAGUUAAAGUAAAUGAAAAGAAGUUAAAGGAAUUAAGUGCAUUGUUUGAAGUACAAGAGAUUGAAGCUCAUAAAGGCAUGAUAUGGACUAUGAAAUUCAGUCCAGAUGGUCAGUAUCUUGCUACUGCUGGUGAAGAUGGAGUUGUUCGUGUUUGGCGCGUUAACUCUGUUGAUUCAUCCAUUGAGAAGUUUCCAGAAGAAUCAACAGAUAGUCCUAAGAAGGAUGAAAAUACAGUGAAAGUACCUGUUGUUAUUCCUGACAAAAUGUUCAAUAUUCAAGAGUUUCCUGUGCAAGAAUUUCAUGGUCAUACAGCUGAUGUUUUAGAUCUAGCUUGGUCUGAAUCCAAUUUUCUUCUGUCAUCAUCCAUGGAUAAAACUGUUCGAUUGUGGAAAAUCGGAUCAAACACAUGUCUUAGUACUUUCCAUCAUACAGAUUAUGUGACAUGUGUUCAGUUCAAUCCCAUAAACAAUCAAUACUUCAUCAGCGGAUCAAUUGAUGGAAAAGUUCGUAUAUGGGGAGUAUCAAAUCAACGCGUUCUUGAUUGGGUCGACAUCAGAGAUGCAGUUACAGCCGUAUGCUAUCAACCUGAUGCACAAGCGUUUCACAUGGGAACCUUGAAUGGCAGCUGUUAUUUCUAUGAGACAAAAGGAGAAUUUUUUGAACUCAAUGCACAUCUUUUACUUGGAAGCAAAAAAAGAUCAUGUACAAAUAGGAUUACAGGAAUACAAUUUCACCCAGAGGACUUUUCAAAAGUUAUGGUUAUGACGGAAGAUUCUAAACUUCGUAUUCUUGAAAAGACGGAAGUUGUCAGUAAAUUUCGAGGUCUUCCCAAGUCAGGAAGCCAAACAUCAGCUUCAUUUGCAUCAAACCGAAAACAUAUAAUUUCGAUUGGACAAGAUUCACGCGUUUAUCUAUGGAAUCAUGAAGAACAAAUUCAAUCAUCUUCAAGACGGUUGAAAUCCAAUCGUUCUUGUGAACAUUUUAGCUCUAAAGGUGUGUCUGUUGCAUUACCUUGGUCUAGUUCCGAAACAACACCAAAGGUUUCAAGUAACUCGGAUACUAUAGUGCGUCCGUCUAAAUUGUUCUCAUCUAAGAGGGCAGCAACAUGGCCGGAGCACUUACUUCCGACCUUUAGUCAAUCCAAGAACCCAUGUCCAACAUGGGGGCUUGUUAUAGUCACAGCCAAUUUUGAUGGAAAGAUCAGAACAUAUCACAAUUAUGGUCUUCCUGUUAGAGCAUAAAGAUUACGAAUGUACAUGAGUAUCGAAAUUGUAGUUUGUCAUUCAUUACAAGUGCAUAUUCUUUUGUAAAGUGUAAACAUCUUUUGCAUAUAAGUCAUAAAGAACAUAUUGUAUACUUGCUUUGGAAUGAACAUGGCAAUGAAUCCAAAAUAGAGCCGAUUAACACCGAUAGUUUACCGGUGGGUCACAGGCUCAUCCUGAAC